CAAAUUUUUUUCUCAUUCUUCAUUUUUUAGGAGUAUUUGGGUAAUUAUUUGAUUUUUGAUGUACUAUGGCCCAAAUUCUCUUAUCAGGUUCAAAAUUCCGCUAAAGAGACUCGUUACAAUGCCUAUCUAAUCUACACAAUACCGUUAAGUCUGGUCGUCUGGUCCUUGUCGCUAAAAUAUUCGUACCACACUCUCAUAAUAAUUCGUGUCGGGGGCGAUUCAUGUAUAGGACCCCUUCUCCCAAUUCAUCCCACCUCGACACAUUGUAUGCGGUACACGGUAUAGUAUGCCAUAAACGUUACGCAAACAAGUAACUUUUAUUAUUCGCGUGCAAAAAUACCGUUACGAGGGAAAUUGUUGCGGCGCGUUUUGGUGAAUUUUUCCCAACGACGACGUCGUCGUCGCCGUCGGUCGUCGGAACAUGAGCAGGAGGCGCGAAGGAAGGAAGGAUGGGAGGAAAUUUCGUAUAUAGUAUACUAUUGCAUACUACUUUAUACUACUUUAUAAUGAUUCGAUAAAACGAUGGCGCCUUUGUGGUUGCGGACUCGUAUAUAUACAUGUAGUAAUGCAGUCUGCACAAAAAAAAAAAAGGAAAAAAGGCAGCGCCGCGAUAGGGAUGGUGUCCGAAGGGAGGUUGCGUAUCGUAUGCUGUACGAUUUUGAAGAAUAAUGCGCCAACGACGACGACCAUGGUUGUGGAUGCGAAUGUAUCGAGUAUCGUAUAGUAGUACAUAUAUCGAUGAAGUAUUGGAGUAAAAUUUUAAGCCUUGUUCUGUCGGUCAAUUAGUCCGAACCGUGUGGGUUCGAGGCUCUCAUGAUGGAACGGCGGCGUGGAGGAGAGGAUUUUAUUGGAUAUAUUUGGGGUUUUGGCCGAGAGGCUAAUCCGGCGGGCGUCCGAGUCCGAAUCAUCGUCGUCGUAGUCGUCUAGCACACAAUACGAGAAAAAGGAUUAAGUGUAAUUAAAAAAGUGGCGAACUCGUUUGUUAAGAGUAAAGCACGGCGCCGUGACGGUAAUUUGGCGUCGUCACAACCGACAUAGCAGGCGCAGAUGAGCGACGGGGCAGGAGUUAGCCGUGGCGUCUUGACGCUAGGGCGCCUCGCCGCGACUAGCCUUAACAGCGGCAGUGCUUUAAAGGCUGCCGAUCGUUUCGCCGGCGUUUGUAUUUCGCUAUCCGACCUCAGACGUGCUGGUGUUUUCGUAAUACGUUUUGUUUUGUGUUACGCGUUCGACUAGUCGAUAAUUAUACCGCGAGCUGGGGCCUUUUUUUACCUACGAAAAAGAGAAUUUGUGCUUUUUUUAUUUUCAACCUAGCCAGUUCUUCGUGUUGUGUGUGUGUGGUUGUUUCAAAUCGCGAGCUGGGCGAUGGCGAUAUUACGAUUACCGGACGAAUGAGGCGCUGAAGCGAUAAAUCGAUGAAACCGGCGGCGAUCCGGUCCGGCCUGAGAAUCGUGUAAGGUCCCGCGUGAAAAACGAUGGGACCGGAAACGAGAUGAAUUACAGACAAUGGCCGAAGAGCCGGAGGUUAUUAUUCCAAUUCCGCCGACUUUGAAAGAGAAACUAACAUUUUACACGACUGCUUUUUUUCUACUUGUGGCCAUUUUUAGUCUUUUCGGAUUCAUGUUCCUGGUGCCGUUUAUCAUCGAGCCGGCCUACACGACCAUCAAAAUGGAUUUCGACGAAGAGCCCGCUCACUGCAUAACGAUGAAAACCGAGAGCAAACGAGGCCUAUCGAAUUGCACUUGGACCUCGUGCCGAGAAGGAUGCACCAGAGAAGUGUACGAAUGUACGCAGAUUCUGGUCGAUUACAUGCAUCCGAAUAUACCGGACUCGAUGGUGUUGCAGAAUACCAACGUCGAAGACGAAACGGUACCUUCGUUCGAGUCUCAUACCGGAGACGACGAAGACGAAGAGUACCCGCUGGACGAGUCCGCAGCCGCAUCCAAUACGUAUUCGGCCGCUGCCCUCGAAGAUACCAAGAAGUACAAAUGGUUUCACGGUGCUCGUUUAUUUCCAAAUGUUAAAGGUUGUGGUUACCCUCCGUAUUUGAAUUGUACCAUAUUCAACCUUACCCACGUGAACGUCGGUUCGAAUUUUAGUUGUUUUUAUAGUCGCGCCGAUCCUAGUUUAGUUGUUAGCGAAUUAGACAUGGAACAGGUGCACACGAAUUUAAUAUGCGCCGUAGCCAUACCGAUCGUAUCGUUCGUCGUGUCCGUCAUUUACCUCACCAUCGCCUAUUUUUUCAUAUACAACGAUCCGAAAACGGAGAAGAGUACGCCGUGCCGGCGAAACACUACUGCCACCUCCAAGACCAUCGUACAAGUAACGCCGCUGGCGCUCUCGACGCCUAUGGCGCCUCCAACCAGCGGCGUACUCACACCGGCCAGUGAUAUAUUUCGCGAAGAUAUGGCCAGCUUCGGACACCAGUACAAGUACGCCAUGGUCGACGAUAUGCUCAGCAGAGAUAGUCUCGAUUCUCUAGCCUUUAAUUAUUCGUCUUCGAUGAAUGGAAACUUGAACAAGAUGAUGACGACGUGUAUCUUAACUCCUCCUGGGCCGAUAGCGCAGCUUUGAAGAAAUCUUUCCAAGGUGUUACAGAUAUUAAGUGGAAAGCGCAAUGAACGGACGAUCUUGUAAUUUUACCGCUUAAUUUAUGCGUAGUUUAAAAAAAUGUACAAAUCGAAAGUGCAUGGUCUUUUGUUCCCUUUUGCACUUCUACACGAAAGUAUACUACAAAAGUACGGUAUAUUUCUGUAUUGUGCUGUACUUACUUACGGUGUAUUUUGAAAAAUCUCGAAGGCUGAAUUGGCGUGACGUAUUAUCAAAAUUCGAUCUCGCAUGCACAACGUUUAAGAAUUUUUUUUCUGUUUUUUUUCUCUCUCUCUCUUUCCCUCUCUCUCUACUUACUUUUAUUUUUAAUUUUUCGUUCGCUAUACGAUUUUUUUCUUUCGUUUAGACGAUGUAAUAGUUUUUUUUAGUUCCUAUUUACGUUUAAUUUGGCCGUAAUUUUUUUCUUUUUUUUCUUUCAAUUUUUUUCCUUUUAAUUUUUAAGGAGUGUAUAUUUUUUGUACGUUUUGAUGUGUUCAGAUGUUACUACGUGGUUGGGGUUUUUUAUUUUGCUCACAGUCGAGUUACACUAGCGUAUUGUGAUUUUUCAACCGAAUGAAAUUCUAAGCAAGGUAUAUUUUUCGUGAAAAAGAAAGAAUGAAACAAAACGCGGCGUUCGUUUCACAUUUUAUUUGUGUUUCGAUGUACUAAAUUUUUUCGAAGGGACCAAAAUACAUAGAUAUAUUUAGGUGUGUGGAUUCAGGCAUCGUUGUCGUUUAAUUUUUAACGAACUUGGUUACCUAUGUUUUUCAAAAGAAAAGGAACAAAAAAAAACAACAACGCAGAAAAGGUUAAAUGUUCUAAAAUGAUGUUUUUUUUUUGAAUAAUUUACUCGUUUUAUACUGCACAGUCUUGAAAAUGUUAUCAUUGUCGAAGAAAAGAAAAAUCUCGAAAUAGAGGUUCUUUUUUUUUAUCUUAUUGUAAUAAGGCGAUGUAGGAGUUGAAGAGAACAGUGUGUGUGGGAAAAUAUGAGGGAAAAAACAAAAACAAAGCAAUAUUGCUUGAAUAAAGUUCAGAUUAAGAAUUGAGUUGGUAGAGAUGGUGAAUUGAUUUGAACGAAGUUAACGAAAGUAUGAGAAUCUUUUGAGGGUGCGAGAAAACAACUUGCCUUCUACAUAUAGAUUCGAAUAGUUGGUGAUUUUGAAUAUUUCUAGUCAUUAAAUGAAAUAAGUUAUAGGAAUCAGGAACUUUAAUUGGAUAAUUUCUGAGAAUAUUUUAUUUAUUUUUCAAGCAUGAUUGAGAAUUUCUGUUCCUUUAGUUAGGUACUUACUUUAUCUAUGUACAUUGUACAACUAUCUUUUAGAGUUCAAAAAUUUCCAAAAGUUCAGACGUUUUUCAAAUAGAAACAAAUGUCACGAAGAGAAAAGUUGUAAACGAAGGUAUUUAAACAUUUCUGAAUGUUUCCAGACAAAUGCCAUUAAAAGUCCAUAAAAUAUUACUUCAUCACAUCAAAAGCAGCAAGCAAUCUAAAAUAGAAUUAUUAUUUUUUUUCAACGCAAGUUUUGGAGCCGAUACCGAAAAAUGUACGUCAUUUCCUUCCCUGUCCCUAUCAACUAUCAUCCUUGAAAAAAAUCAAGGUAGUCAAGAUGCUUUUUUUUUAAAAAUGAGAUGAAAAAAAAAUGUUUUUCAAUCUUUAUCGAAACAUGUAAUUUUUGAGAAAUCGUCAUUCAAAGAAAUGCCACCCUUAUUGAAUAAUGUGCCCUAGGAAAUUCCUUCAAGGUGCUGCCACCCCCUCUCCCCCUCCCCCCCAUUUUGAACUGAAUUUGGAAUUGGGCUAAAAAUGAUUUUAAAACCCCGAAAUCACAGAUUCAAAAAUUAAACUUCUACCCAUCCUGAAAAUUUUUAAAUAUAAAUUUCCAUUUGGACCCUUUUUGGCGUUGGAAAUUUAAAAAAAAUUGAUGAAAAAGUUUAAAUCGAGGAGUUUGAAACAAUGCACUAUUUGGUGCCCCUAUUAAUGUUUUUAAAAUUCUGUGAUCAGAACUCUUUGUCAGUUACACUGGUGUUCGGAGCUCAAUUUCAGGCUGGGCUUCACAAAUUUUCGGAAUUCAGACAUUCAUUCGAGACCCAAAGGAGUUGAGCCUAAUAAUGAGUCGAAAAGUUGAAAUCAGUGAACAGAAAAAUGUAACUUUUGAUCGCCAUGUUGAAAUUAUUGUUGUUGGUGCUGAAUGGAAACCAAAAUUAGCGAAUACCCCACCCCCUCCCACAAUCACUAACCCAAUCUUUGAUUUUAAUCUUGUUAUGCUGUCAAGCCAUUCUUUCUACAUUUUGGUAAUUUUUGAAUGUUUUUUCCCAUUUUUUUAUUUCAAAGAAGUGGAGGAAUUGUAGGACUCUACUUCCAAAAAUAAGGGGUUAUUUGAGCACUAACAAUGAUCCAGAUCACCGAUUUCAUUUUUGAUGGCCAUUUGAUCUCAAAACCCAAAAUCAGCCUCAAAGGGAGGUGCAAAAUUGAUGAUUUUUCAAAAUAUACAAUAAUAUGGGUAUCAAAAUCUGAGUUUUCAAGCGUACAGAAUUCAUUUUUGAAGACUUGACCCCAAACCCCAAAAAAUAGCUCAAAGGGGAGGUUCCAAAUUGGAAACUUUCAAAAACUAUCUACCAUAUGGGUAUAAAAAUAUGGAGGUUUCAAGGGCGAAGAAUUCAUUUUUGAAGACCAUUUGACCCCAAACGUCAAAAUGAGCUUCAGAGGGGAAGUACAAGAUUGAAAAUUUUCAAAAAAUGCAACAUGGGUAUCAAAAUUUAGAUUUUUAAGUGCUCGGAAUUGAUUUUUGAAAAUUAUUUGACCUUGAUCCCAAAACAAGCUUCAAAAAGGGAGGUUAAAAAAAUUUAUGAUUUUCUUUUCAAAAAAAAUAAUAAUAAUAAUAAUAAAAAAAAAAGAAUCUAAAUUGAAAUUAGUGUUCUCCAGAACUUUUUCAACUCCUUCAUACUCUAGUGAGGUUAUUUUUGGUUGACAGGCCAUAUUGUUGAUUGAAUUGAAGUGAGCGCCCUUAAAAAUCUAUAAUUCGAUUCAUGCUUUUUUCAAUUACUUAAUAAAUACGUAGGUCACUUGCUUUUAACAUUUUUUAAAUUUUUAUCAAAAUUAAAAACCAUUAUAUGUACUACAAAAUACGUUCAGAUCACAUUUUGAAAAUUCGUCAAUUGAAAAGAGGAUAAAAAAUAUGAAUCUUUCAUCGUAAUUUUUUCAAAUUUUUCAAUGUUAUUUUCAACUUUUCUUUUCAUUUGUUCUUCUCUGGACCCCUCCAACAGAUUUGAUCAAAAUUUAACCAGUAUCAUGGUACGAGCCUUCAAAAUUCGGGCCCCUCCCCCGCCUCACAUCUUGAAAGGGUUGGACGAAACUAAUGGAGGCAACCUUAGCAUACAAUCAAAGGAAACUCGUAAAAAAUAAUUUAGAGGUACAAAAAAGGAUUCAACUUCGUUUGUGGCGAAAGUUGAUGUAUUUACGGCAAACUGGUUAUGCAAUUUUAUUAACACCUAUAUACGAGUUAUUAUUUAUUUUUAGGAGCCAAUUAGGGGUAAUCGUUGUGUAGAUGUUUUUUUGAGUUGAAUAAUAUGAAAAGAGGGUUGCACAGAAGUUAUGUUUCAAAGUCAAGAUGACCUGGUAAAAAUGUCAUCCCUCUAAAAAUUCUAUUUUCACCUUUCCAAAUUUUUAACUCUAAUUUUUAAUUUUCUCUUUCAAAUUCUUGCUUCAACUUCAGCAAAAAAUGAAAAAAAUGUUCUUCGAAUGCAUUUUUACCGAUACAAGUAUUUGAUAAAAAGAAAAUAUUAAUUUAUUUAAUACGAUUACUUCACUCGUAUAGAAUCGCGAAUUUUCAAGAAAAUUUCCUCUAUCUACUGGUUCAAUACUUUCGUGAACAGUAUUACGAUCAAUGUGAGCUCGAAACACCAUAGAAAAUGUUCCCGUAAGGAUUCGACCAUUAGGUAAUUUUGUACCGGGCAAAGUAGGCAACGUUUCGAAAUUAAUUUUUCAUCAGUCUUGUUUGUGCCAGCUUUGAAGUCGUUCCAGUAACGUACCUAUAGUAGAUCUGCUAUGCGAAGAAAAUUCAAAGAGGUGUUUUACUUACUUAAAUUCGCAGAGAAAAUGAUUUCGUGCUAAAUUUAAACCUAUGUAUCGAAGGAACGCUGAAUAAGCGAAACAGUCGUCCAAAUCAAUAACGUGCCUUUCAUACGAGUUAUAUAAACGUAAAAGUUUCGUCGUUUGUUCGAAUACAUACGACGAGAGGAAGCAACGACAUAACAUACACAACGAAGAAGAAAAAAUAAUACGAUUCGGUUUUUAUUUUAGCUAGAAUAAAAAAACAUCAACGUGUAUGGUUGAAAUAUUGUGGAAAUUUCUCUUUGAAAAGCUUUGAAUGAUGUAUGAGUUGCUGAUAUGUGUUAUCAAAACUUUUUGCAGUCGUGAGAAAAUUUUUAUCUGAUUGGGGAUGUUGAACCGAGAACUGUAGUUGAAUGUAGGUUAUCUUUUUAGCCGUUGAAAAAUUACUACCGUGCGUGGAAAUUUCAUCGGGCAAAUUUUAUUUCUUUUAACGUUCGAAAUUUACCGAAGUAAUUUCAACUUUUACUCUUUUUUUGCUAUUUGGUGAGAAGAAAUAGGAGGUUUUUACGUGAGAUUGUUUAAUUAUGCAAAUUACCUGAACGAGUGGACUUACUAUGUUAUACUCUAUGCUAUGGUUAUAUGGAGGAAAAAGAAUUUCAAAUUUUCUCAGAGCAGAUUUAUGAAAUUUUCGUGAAAUAUAGGCUCAUAUUUUUGCGCCAGGUUUCCCAAAUGUUACAAUACUAAAGCACCUCGAAAGGAAUCGUAAUUCUUGAAUAAAAAAAAGUACAUUUUGGAAUGCGAUUAUCUGAGUAGUGUUGCCACCACGUUUCAAGACUUGAAAUGAAAAUGGAUCAUUUUUAAUGGAACAAGCUGGUACGAGGGAGUGAAAAAAAUUACUUUUCGCUAGUGUAACACCGGCCUAAAUCUUAAACUUGAAAUUACUUGUUACGUUGAAUAAACGAGCGAAUUGAAUUUGUUCAACGUUCAAUCAGUAUGUAUUUAAAAGAUUGUAUUUUGAAGAACUAACGCAUAAAGAGAAGACUUCGUGUAGGAAAAUCAAAACCGUUGAGCGGUUCGUAAAGUACAAAAUAUAAAAAAGGGAGAACUAGCGGCGGAGAAAUGCUCAAAAAACAAACAUUUCGAAUAGCUUAAAGCUCACCAUUUUAUGUUCAUUGUAUUCUGCCACGAAUUUUUAAAAAUUCUGUCCAUAUUUUUAGUAUUCUUAUUUUUUUUUUUCGUGUUUUAGUGCUCGAAAUUUUGAAUUAAAAAAAAAAGAGUGACUUAUUGUAAAUGUUUCUACACGAGCUUGAUUAAUUUUUUUUUAUUUUCAUAUGUUUAAAGAGAAAUUUUAUUGUCUUUACUAAUUUACGUAUGUACCUGUGUGUUAAUGAUAAUUACCUUGAUUUCCCCCCUUUUUUUUCUUUUGUGAAUAUUUUAUUUAUUGGUCGCUCGAUCGUAUUGCUAAUUGCCAAUCAUCUGGUUAUUAUAAAACGCGAAAAAAAGUCGAGUGCUUUGGAAUGUUUACUACAUUAGAGAUCGUCAUCAGCUUAUAAGCGUUGACAUAAAUUAUACCUACUUGUAAUAAGCUGACUUACGAACUAAGAGUUUGUAUUUAUGAUGAAAAAAAAAUUAAUAAUAAUAAAAAUACAACAUUUUCGUGAUUUUUUUUUCUACCUAUAUUCGUAUAGACGUACGUACCUGUUUCGUGAGAAUUUUACGAGAGCUUUUUUUUUUUGAGCACCACUACGAAUGGAUUAGAAUGAACGAGAGAACAUCGACGAAAUGUAAAUAUUAAAGUAUUCGGCGUUUUUCAGACGAUGAGGAGUAUUUCUUAACCAUAUACUUUUAAAACUUUUUCGAUAGCUUGAGAAUUAAUGUGUUUCCAUUAUUGCUUUGAGAUGAAGAAUUUUCUCCCUUACAAGUUUUACAAAGUAACGUAUAUUUUUUUUCCAUUUUUUGGUGUAGCUUUCUAUCUUGUUGGUAUCAUUUUUCGCGUUGUUGAUUUAAUUUAUAAGCGCCGAGUAUUAGUAAAACGUUCAUUAUCCGAGAAAAAAAAUUGUGAAAUAUCUGCUGAUGUUCGUCGAAUAUGAUGGUAUUUUAUUUUCAUCGGAAUUUUUUAUAAUUUUAUUUUCCAAUAUUUUGAGUCUAAAAAGUUCUCUUGGUAUAGUUUAGAUUUUGGUGCAAAAAUUCGAGUUUCUUGGGAAAAAGCAAAUAAAAAAAUUGAGUUGCAAAAAAAAUCAGAGUCGUUUAAAUGUUUUGAAAAUUAGAAACUUUACGAGAAACAAUAUUUUGAAAAAAUUCAAAAGUUUCAUGAAAGUUACGAGUAUUUGAAAAAUUAUGUCAGAUUACAUGUGAAUAGAUUUGAUUGAUCAAGCCAGAUUCAGGUAGAUUUGAUCAGCUCAAAUGUGAAUAGAUCUGAUCAGGCCAGCUCUGAAUAAAUCUGAUCAGGCCAGAUUUGGAUGGAUUUGAUCAGGUCAGAUCUGAAUAGAUCUGUAUCAGACCCCGAACACUCCUCGAAUCCAAAUUACGUCUCAUCUGAUAUGACUAGAUCAAAGUUUUGAUCAGAUCCAAUAAGUGAGGUCUGAUUCAUCUAAUCAGACAAGAUCUGCUCUAAUCAAAUCAGAGUUUUCAUCUUAGACCUGAUCAGAUCCUAUAUUUUUAAAGCUCAACUAAGUAUUGAAGGAAAAAUUGAACUCGUCAAAUCAUUUAUAGUGAAUGUGAGUUUCAAAAUCUUGGGUUGAAAAUAAAACCAAAAAAAUUCACACUUUUCUUUAAAAAAUUAAGUUUUGUUCUAACAAAAAAAAGGCUCGUUUUACGAAAAGAGAGCUUUAAAAUGCUGAGAACUUUGAAUUACCAGAGUACAAAAAUUCUACGAGUAAUUAAAAAAAUAGUAUUUCUCUAUUUUUUACUUCCAUUUUUUUUCAAAAAAAACAAAAAAAAUGGAAAUUGAAAAAUAUUUUUGAUUUUUUCAGAGGAAGUAAGUACAAGUACAUAGAUUAAAAAAUUCUAAGAAACAUGAAAUAGCUUAUUUUUUGGUUAUUGUCUUGAAAGGUCAUUUUCAAAAUGCUAAGGAACCUAAAAUAUUACCUCCUGAAAAAAACUUUACAAUUCAACAUUUUCCCAGAAAUUUGUUUGUAAAUUUUGGCAUUAUUGUUCUCAAAAGUACUGCAUCUCAAAAUUAUUGUUUUAGAGAAGUGGGCCCCAAAAUACCAAAAAAUUUAAAUAUACUGUUUUAAAAAAUAAUUUUGUUGUGUUUUUAAUGCUCAACUUCAUUUUAACUGUCAUUACAAUUUUUUUUGUUGUUUUCAUUGCAAGUGGGUCUCAAAAUAGGUACUUGAGAAAUUGAAAUCAGGUUAGAAUCAAUUUCGUAAAAAAUGUUAUUAAUCCAUUGAUGUUUUUUUUCCUGUGAAUGGUCGUCCCAUUUACAUAUUUAUUUACAUUUUAAUUCGAAUUAAAAAAAAUAGUUUCAAGAACCUACGUAUUUUCAAAAAAAAAAAAAAAAUCAAAUUUAUUUUUGAAUAUUGUUAUGGUGAUUACUUUUAAAUCGAGAAUCACUCCAGAUUAAACGAAUGUAUCACAAAAAUACAGAAAAUUAUCGCAACCAACACGUCUAAAUAUUAAUACAUUUAAAACCUUACACCUCAAGCAGUGUUAUUGUAGUAAUUAUUUGAUCAAUAAAAAAAAACAACGAGUUUGAAGGAAGAAAAAAACAACAAAAACAAAAAGGUUCACCUUUUAUAAUCAAAUAACGUGGUUUAUUCAAAAUAUACCAUCGUAAAGUUUCUAUAAAGGAAAGUUGAUUAGACAACCCAUAGUCCAACAAUGUAGUUAACCUACAGACCGAUUAAAUUGAAGGAGCUCGAAUCAUACCCCUUGAGAUUUUUUCUCAGCUCGUAUCGUACUUCUGCAGCUCUUGGUAUUUUUUAUUUAGACCAACUUGAAGUAGGUAACCAUAAACUAAGUCCCUUCAGUUUAAUCGAUCUGCAACUACACGGUAACUCGAUGCAGCGUAAACUUUGUCUACCUGCACCAAUUUCUAAAGAGACUCUCUAAACUUAUUCAGUUUUUAUAAUAUUUUCCUAUCAGUUCUAAAUAAAUGACCGAAAUACGAAAUACACGUAUUAAUGCCACUAAUUUGACAUAUUACUAGAUUAAGACAUUAUGUAAAGCUGAAAUUACUAUUGGUUUUUUAUUUUUUCGUAUCAUCCAUGUGGCCCAUCCGGCCAUCACAUCUCGCGUUCCUGUUCAGAAUAUAAAUUUGUAAACCACCUUCGUAUAAAACAGCCAUCAUACAUCCAUUAGUCAACUGUUGAUUUACGAUAUGUGAAUUUUGACCCAAACCAAGGAUAAAAAUUCACCCCCAGUCAUAAUUGACGUGAAAAUUUUACCAACGUGAUGUUUUGCUACUCGUUUAUAAACGCCUUUUUGACGCAGAAUUGAAUUAUUAAAAAGUGUUUCGCUGAUACGUACUGUGUAACUCUCAUCAUCGCUCUACAGUCAUCUUUCCAUCUCUCUCGUUAUUACAUUAUGUAAAUUUUUAUCGCUCGAUUUAAUCUUCGACGUGAAACGAAACUUAUAAUCGAAUUUCAAAUGUACAUUGGACCACCAUUUUCACAUUUUAUAUCUCUCGUUACCCGACGAAUAAAUUCAGAAGCCUCUUUUACCUACUCCCAGAACAAAGAAAACCAAGCCCAGCUUUUAUCUCGAAUAAACCUCCCUCUGUAUACCUAUAUAGGUACAUCGGAUGUACGCGAUGGCAACAUGUUGCGAAUAUCCUGUAUUACAUACUUAGAAAAUUGAUUUUUUUAAAAACAUUUUAUUACGUACCUAUAUCGCGUUUUUUAUAGUUGAUUUUUCUUUUCCUUUUUACAGUCAGGUGAUUGGCUUAUAUUUAUACUAUACGCUUGUAUUAUAUAGGUAUUUUUUUUUCAUAGUUUACUUUUACCUACGUGUAUAAGUUGUUUAAAAGCUCAAUAUUACGUAUAAGAAAUACUAAAUAUGAUUUAUUAAAUUUGUACGUGUAAAAGUUCGUUUAAACAUCAGGGUAAUAAAUUGUUUACGAUGUAAGUUCAAUGGCAUUAUAUGUACCUAUUAAAGGUGUCGUUUUUUACGAGGAUCGAAAUUGCUGAAUGAAAAUCGAGAAUCGAGUCACGAAUAUGUUCAAUAUGUAAGACUGUAAGUACAUGUCUGAUUUCUAAAACCAUUAGUGCCUGUGGAAGGAAUGAUCAGGUACUUACCUAGUAACUACCUAUUCAAACUCAGAUUUUCACUUUGGUCACAAAAUAUGUUCCAAGAAAAUGAGAAAAAGUUUUUUCGACAAUUAUGUUAUGAUUAUUUUAUUUAAAAAUGAAGAAAAUUGAUUUUGGAAAAAUAUAUCUUAGGAUAUUUAUUUAAAUUCACGAUUUUUUUAGGCAAGAGGCAAGAAGUAAUAUGAAAAGUAAAAGUGAUGAGUCCAUGUAAGUCCUAAUUUUUUCAUUUACCUCAUGCAAUUAAAAAAAUAUGAUGAACAUAUGUUUUUGAAUCAAUAAUGUAUUAUAGUUUUACAAUCAAAGUUAAUAGAUUAAUUUUUCAGUUUUUUUUUUUUUUUUUUUUUUUGUAAAUCAAUUUUAAAAAUCCAAAAUGUUUUGAAUUUAAAAAAAAAAUAGGAGAAAAAAGCGAACCACUACCUACUGUUUUUUUUUUUUUAAAUUAGGUAAAGGUUCUUGGUCUCAUUCACUUUCUUUUCCUCAAAAAAUAAAAAAAUAAAACGUGAAAAGUGAAUCUCAACGCAUUAAAAAAAAUUAAAUGUUUAGAAAAGCCCUUUGGUAAAAUUAUACCUGAAUAUGCUGCUAAUUCAAUUACCUUACUUUUUUUUUUUUGAAAAAAUCACGAAAGUGAUUGUUUUGGAAAUCACUACCCUUUUUACAAUUGAGGCUGAAAUUUCAAAUUUUAAACUUUGAACCACCUUGUGAGUUGCCUAUCCAGAAAAUUACUUACGAGAUUCCAUAUUUUGGAAACUUUUGACAAGUUCCAAGUUAGGUUUGAAAUGAUGGGUGAUGUUGAUCAUCAAAAAUUUGUUACCUACAAAAAUUUAUUCCAGCUUUGCUCUAAUAUUCAAAGGCUUAGAAAAGUUUACGGGGCUGCUAAUUACGAUUUAAUAAAACAAUGUGACUAAAAAAGAGUUCGAUUUUGUUACUUGAUAUUUAAUUCAGCUCAAAAACUUAUACUAACCUAACCUACCUACUCAGCUACUCGAUUUUCACGAGAUGGUAUCUUAUUAAAAAUGUGAAGUUGCUACAAUACCUACGCGUAUGUGCCUGCAUAAUAAUAAUAAAUUUGAUUAUACUUAUUUAUUUGGAAUUCUGAAACUGAUAAAUCAUCACUCAAGUUGAAAGUAUGUAUUAUUGAUAUUUAAAAUGCAGAAGCUCAGGAGAUUAAUUUUCCAUUCUUGAUUAGCACGAUCCUCUUAGACUCCUGCGAGACUGACUCAAAUUUCGACGUUCUUCAAACACACCGCGCAUUCUAAUAACAAUGAUGCCAUAGAACUUAAACAUAAAUUUAAAAUUAUUAUUAAAUGAGUAAAUAAAUAUCGUGAUAUAAACUAUAAUUUGUUAUAAUUAAUCGCACAAUGUAAAAUGUAUAUUCACUCGAGUAAAAUUCCCAUGUACCUACGUAUUUUAAUUUUUAUUACAAAUUUUACGAAAUAAGCGUACCAAAAUCUUGUUUUCCUUUUGUAUUUUACCUGAAAUGCUAUGAUUGUAUAGUCUGUUGCACAUUAAAAUUAGACAAACGAUUAA